CCAGUUGCAGUGCGGUUUUGAUCGUAACAGGACUCUGUAUGAAAGAAAAUGCUGCCAUUGUUGAUGCUAGCUGGCUCAUCGGCUAGUUAAGAUGGCCCACAUCUUUGAACAGCACUCGACCAUCUGCAGGAGCGUUUAUGUACCACCGUGUAGCUUACUGACCAGAGAAAAUGCUACAUUAUGAUUAAGUCGACAUCAGAGUUCACAUUUUGUCAAGCGUGGGUUAUUGUGAUCGUUAGGCGGUGACACCCGCGACUAGCUUGAUUAGUAGAUAAGUUAGUUGCUUAGAAAACGUUAGCUGGCUGACAGCGCAGCCCUUCUCAACAACUAGAGAAUCAUGACAAUCCGGAUGAUAUGCUCAUAAGUAGCACGUCAGUCAACUGAACCCAAGGCGUUGUAGUUCCUCGCAGCUUUCGGCUGUUGGAGGAACUGGAGGAAGGUCAGAAGGGAGGUGGAGACGGUACAGUGAGCUGGGGCCUUGCAGAUGACGACGACAUGACACUAACUCACUGGAAUGGUAUGAUCAUCGGCCCCACCAAGACAGUCUACGAAGGCAGGAUAUACAGUCUGAAAAUAGAAUGUGGACCAAGAUACCCAGAGCACCCCCCUCUUGUCCGUUUUGUGAACAAGAUCAACCUGAGUGGUGUACACAGUUCAAAUGGUGUGGUGGACAUAAAGGCGGUGACAGCGUUGUCCAGGUGGAAAAACUCCUACAACAUCCGGAUGGUGCUGCAGGAACUCAGACAGCACAUGAUGAUGAAAGAGAACAACAGGCUCUCCCAGCCGCCGGAAGGCCAGGUGUACAGUAACUGAGGCUCCUGGUGCUGUCCCUCCCUGUCUCACACUCUCACACACAACUCACACACACACAGGCAUACAAAGGCAUACAUAGAAUGUUAAACACUUAACACUGCCUCUCAUGAUACUCAAGACUCUCGACUCCCACUUCCUCCUUGGGAGCCUCUCAUUGGACAGAGGGGGAUGCACAGGUGAACCCCGACCACGCAAUCCAGUGCCGAGCCAUCCAUUAAAGUUCAUAGUGCAGACCAAACAUUGAAAACAAAUACUGUACAUCUAACUAGUUGUUAUUUUUUUUUAAUUAUUUUCUUGUUCUAAAUUCAAAUGACUUGAUUGAUCUUCAUGUCAAGUGGUGAAAGAGAGUCCUUUUUACAUGGGUAUUGUGGUCAGGGAUUUGAAUCAUCUCGCUACACAGCAAAACAAAUAUACAUCUGUAGCCCCAACUGAAAUAUGGGUGUUAAAUGUUAGAAUUAUUUGGAGUGGUUUUUCACUUGACAAACAUCAGUGUAUGCUGAAACAGAUUUCCCUUACUAAGAAAAAAAAAAAGUACUCUAAACAAUGUUUUGCUUGGUCUUCCAGGCUGUGAUAGUCUCAAAUUCCCCAGCUUCUGCAAUCCCAACAAUGUGAAUUUGACGGGCCUUUCUUAAACGAGUGCGUGUCUAGUACAUAGGAAUAAACUAUUACUAGACAUGUAUGUCUCAACAGGGCACUUCUGGCUCAUUACUCAUGUUCUCAGACUUGUCUUCAGUGUGCCAUAUGGUUCAUAGCUCUUUGUGAUGGUGAUUAUUAGCAGCCAGUGGGGUGGUGAUGGUGGUUUCUUUUUGGUUGGUUGGUUUAAUUUUAGUCUCUGGGCUGACCAGUGUAUACUCCUUGGAGUCAUCUCCUCUCUCAAACAGUGAAUGCCCACUGAACACAAUGUAUGGCUUUGGAUGUUUAUUUUAUAACGGGUUGAAUCUAAUCAGGGUGUUUGUGACCUGUUGCAUGGUUGUAUUUGAAUUAAACGUGAUUACUUUUUGCA